AUGUUGCACGACUUUGGCUCAAAAUUUGAUCGAGGAGGUUUCUCGUGGGAGAAGGUGGAGAAGCUACCGGAUGACGCGGUUUUCUUUCUUGGAGAGACGUGUUGCUUGGGAAUCUCGGCUCGUUUGUUGUGGUUUGAAGACACCGGCGGCCAGACCACAUAUGUGGUUGGAGAAAUCAAGCCGCAACCAUCUAGUCGGUGGUCGGUGGUCGAUACCACAGAUCUUGUAAGGCCUCCGCAGCAACACCACAAUCAGAUACGUCAAACCAGAGCCGCUGCCGUCGCCCCUCGUCGGCCCCUACUACGAUUAAAUGUUCCUGGACUCUAUUUCGACCCAUAUGACUGUGAAGAGAAGUGGAUUGGAAUUGAUUUAUAUGCAAUUUCGUGUAUUGGGGAUGAGCCGAGACACAAGCGGUUCCUUUCCCCCGACAACAUGGCUGUGGCGGACGAGCAUGGACGAAUCUUGUUUGUGGUUCACCAAUCACCACGCAACAUCAACGAGCGAUUAAUGGGGAGGACCAUCGGAGGUCGCCAUUGGACUAGAGGCUUUAAGUUUGAUGGAUUGGAGACCUAA